CGCUUCGGGCGCUCCAGGUUGGAGGACGCUCCGGCCGGGCGGGGCGCAGCGCACCCUGGAGGACGAGGCCGGUACUGCGAGCUGUGGCUGGGCCGCCUCCUGCCUAACCCAGUUCUGCCCUCCUGAUGGGUCUCAGUCCAUCCCGACUCAAAAUGCAGCUGCUAAUUAGCACGGUGUAAAAUAACCAUCAUUAUAGGACUGAUGAUGAGACGAAGAGAAAGUUGGUUUCUUAUUCAAAGUUGGAGGUAAACAUUCUGAAGAUCCCACUUAACUGGCAUUCUAAGCAUAAGUUGGGGUACUUGUUUUUCAGCUUUUUAUUUAUUAUUUCUUUUAGUUACUGGUUAAGCAAAUAACUUUAAAGAGAUAAGGUUGUAUGUGUUGUGAAUACAUAUGCGUGAAACUAGAAACUAAUCUUAAUGGGUGAUAAGAGACAACCUCAGCAACAUAAGCCAAGCUAACCAUUGGAUUUAGUUAACGUUAUUUGUUUAUGUAUGACCUGUGAAGUAAUUCAAAGUCUUUGAUAUUUUUUCUGGAGUUUGAUUGUAUGGUAAUAAAAUCACUAAUCUUAGAACUAAUGAAAAAAACCCUAAACAAACAAAAACAAAGUCACACACCUGACCCUGGCUUUCAUCUUUGGCUAUAGGAAGAAAGCUCAGUGUUGCAGAUUUGUCUCUAGAGGACCAGACCAACUACGUGGCUGGCUCAUCCUGUCCUCUAGUGUGCAGUGACAGAGCCAAUAUUCACUUCUUGGGCAUCCCAGUGCAGGGCAACUUCCUUGAGAUACAAACUGAGAACAAAAGAACUGUUUAAUUCUCCACACUGGAUCAGAGAGUUUAAAAAAGAGAGAGAGAGAGAGAGAGAGAGAGAGAGAGAUAAUCUGAAACUAUUUAAAACACUUUCAUGACUCUUUUUCAAUUUUUCAUUCAUUCAACAAUUAUGCCUCACCUGUACUGAGAAAUAAGGGUGUUAAGAGUGAUAUGGGGGGGCGCCCGCCCACCACACUAGAUCGUGUUCAUUGUGCCCUUCCUGCAAGCAUCGUGAUUUUUCCAGCUUGUGCCGGGAGCAGUCACCAUGUAGCGGCCCUCCAUCACGCAACAAGGUGCCACCAUGUUCAGAUGGGUCACAUGGUGACAGGGUGCCACCAUGUUUGGAUGGGUCACGUGGUCACAGGCGCCCCCAUGUUUGGACGGGCCACGUGGUCAAUGGGUGCUGCCAUAUUCGGACAGGUCACAUAGCCAAUGGGUGAGGCCAUGUUCGGAUGGGUCUCAUGGUCAAUGGCUGCCCCCUUGUGGCUCCUCUUGAGAACAGCAACAGCUGCCUUGUUGUGGUUCACAUGAUGGUUGCCGGCAACAAUCCUCUCGCUGCAAGGCACACAGUGAGAUGCCAUCUGCCUGUAUUUCCUCGUCCCAGGGUGAGUGGCAGCUGCUCUGUAUCCGUUGUGCAGAUAAUUGCUCACACACGCCUGCCGGGCAGAUAGCUGCCCAAUGGCACUCUUUUCUACAUUCUUCUCCUCAGGCUCUGCUACUGCUUUGAGAACAAGCUGGCCCCGAGGGGCUGGUCAAUAUCCAUGUACAUUUUUCUCUUUUGGAUCUAUCCCAGAUUACCCAUAAAUUAGGUAGCUUCUCUGUUGACCCACAGAAUUACAUCAGGCAAUUUGAAUUUAUUACUAAUUGUUAUGAUUUACAUUUUAAGGAUGUUUAUGUGAUUUUAAAUACCACCCUUAGCUCACAAGAGUGAAAUCAGCUGUGGCAGGCAGCUCGAGAAGAAGCUGACCACAGGCAUAGGGCAAACACCACUGAAAAUGACCCUGGGCCUGUAGCUGUGCCAGACCAAGAUCCUAACUGGAACUAUCAGAAUGGACAAGGUUCAAAAAAACUACAUAAGAUGAUUGAAUGUCUGAUUGUGUGCCUUAAUAAGAUUGUUCACAAACAUACAAACUACAACAAGCUUUUAGAACAUGUCCAGGAGGCUAAUGAGAACCCGGCUGUAUUUUUAAAUCAGCUUUGGGAAACCUUAAUUAAGUAUACUAAUGUAAACCCAGGCUCUCAUUAAGGGAUGAUUGUUGUUAACUCUUAUUUUGUUUCACAGUCUGCUCCUGAUAUUCAUGCAAAAUUACAAAAGGUUGAACAUGGCCCUCAAACUCCACAAGGAGAUCUACUUAAAUUAGCCUUCCAUAUCUUCAACAAUAGAGAUAAGAUUCAAAAAGAGGAGAAACAAGCUCAAAAAUUAAAGUUUGCUAAAUAUCAGUCUGACCUCUUAUCGAGCUCCCAAGACAAAAAAAUCUACAACAAGGUGUGGCUGCCCGAGUCCUGCCCAGACUAUGCUUCAAAUGCAGCAAACAAGGACAUUGGGCAAAAGACUGCCUUAACCCUGGCAUUCCUCUUGGACCCUGCCCAUACUGCAAUCUUAAAGGGCAUUGGAAGAGCGACUGUCCUAGCCGCCAGUGAGCAGCUAAGCCAUCCUCUAAUUCCCUCACCCUCACAGGAGACUCCGUCAAUGCCAGAUUUGUUGCUGACUGACCUGCUUGGACUUGCUGAUGGGGCUUGGGGCUCACAGCCCCCACUCCGGUAACCUUGUCGGAGCCCCGACUCUCACUGGAGAUCUCAGGCAAAAUAAUAUCUCUGCUUAUGGAUACGGGGGCAACUUAUAGUGUACUUCCUAAAUUUUUAGGACCUUGUAAUAAGUCUUUGAUUUCUGUUGUGGGCAUUGACGGCCAGCCGAUCAACCUUUGCAGACUGGGCCUAUCCCAUGUAGAUUCCAGACUCUUUUCUUUACCCAUAGCUUCCUAGUAAUCCCAACAUGUCCCACACCCCUUUUAGGUAGAGGCCUUCUUCAAAAGCUUAAUUUUUCCUUCACUUUCUCUCUCCCCACAGCCCUAAUCCUCCAAACAGCCUCACAAUACAUCACAAAGCCAUUCCCCCCUCUUCCUCCUUCUGUGGUUGACCCCAUGGUUUGGGACACAUCCAAUCCCAUUCUGGCUAUACAUGCCAUGCCUGUUUUAAUCUGUCUCAAGGAUCCCUCCAUUUUUCCCUGCAUUCCCCAGUACCCCAUAGCUCCCCAACAUUUAAGGGGACUUAAACCCAUAUUAAGUGGCUUUUAGACAAUGGUUUUCUUAAACCUACCCAUUCACCCCACAAUACUCCAAUUCUCCUGGUACUCAAGCCUGAUGGGUCCUAUCACCUGGUACAGGACCUUACAGUAAUUAACAGUGCUGUUACCCCAACUCACCCAGUGGUGCCAAAUCCUUAUACCAUGCUCUCUCAUAUCCCUCCCUCCACCACUCACUUUAUGGUUAUAGAUCUUAAAGAUGCCUUCUUCACUAUCCCCCUACACUCUGACUGCCAGAACCUCUUUGCGUUUACAUGGACUGACCCAGACACCCUCAGGUCUCAACAACUUACUUGGACAGUGCUCCCCCAAGGGUUCAGAGAUAGUCCCCACUUCUUUAGUCAGGCCCUCGCUACUGACCUCACAGAACUUAAUCUCAAACUGAGUGUUCUUCUUCAAUACAUAGACGACCUUUUCUCCAUCCCAUAUGUUAGCCAUACAACACUCAGCCAGUCUUCUUAAUUUCCUUGCUAGUCAUGGAUACAGGGUCUCUCCUGCUAAAGCCCAGAUAGCCUCCCUAAAAGUCAAAUACCUAGGUCUUGCUCUCACCCCCACUACUCGCUCCAUCACCUCAGAUCGUAAGGCAAUUCUUCAUGAUCUCCAGGUGCCCACAACUAAACAGCAGGUUACAUCUUUCCUAGGUUUAGCUAAUUUCUUUUGUCUCUGGAUUCCUAACUUUGCAGCCCUAGCUCAACUCCUCUACAAGGCUGCUAAGGGUUCCUUAUCAGAACCCCUGGACCCUACUAGGCCCAUACAUGCCUCCUUUCAAAAAUUAAAAGAGGCUCUCCUAAAAGCUCCAGCUCUUACCCUUCCUGAUUCCAUCCAACCUUUCAUCCUAUAUACUGCUUCUCAGGGCCACAACACUAUAGGUGUACUAGGACGCAAAAAGGGACCUUCUUUUCAAGUAGUAGCUUACUUGUCAAGACAGUUAGAUCACACAGUAAAAGGAUGGACUCUUUGUCUCUGAGCUCUUGCAGCUGCAGCCCUCCUGACACAGGGCUAAAAAGUUUACAUUAGGGCAAUCUAUUACAGUACACUCACCUCAUCACCUACGUGACCUUAUCUCACAUAAGGGUGCUCCCUGCCCUAAUGACCCCUUCUUUCCUUCAACAGGUACACUUAGCUCUCUCUCAAGACCCUUGCAUCUCUAUUGCAACUAGUGGUCCUCUUAAUGUGGCAACCUUACUUCCCACCUCAGAGGGCCAUCCUCACCAUGACUAUAUUGAGUUCUUACAGAUGACUCCCACCCCUUUCCCUCACAUCAGUAGCACACCUCUCUCUUUGGCCUUUGACACAUGGUUCAUAGAUGGCAGUUCAACAAACACAGACAACCAAAAGAAGGCAGGAUAUGCAAUAGUUAACCAGUCAAAAGUUAUAGAGGCAAAUCCACUGCCACCUGGGACCUCUUCCCAGAGGGCAGAACUUAUUGCCCUUACAAGGGCUCUUAUACUAGCAAAAGAUAAGAUUAUAAAUAUAUACACUGACUCAAAGUAUACAUUUAGCAUUUUACACUAUCAUGCCUCUAUCUGGCAAGAACGGGGUUUUAUUACCACUCAGGGAACCCCCAUCAUUAAUGCUCCCCUUAUCCUUAAACUUCUAGAGGCAGCCCAACUUCCAAAGCAGGCAGUAAUUAUUCAUUGUAGAGGACACCAAAACUCUACAGAUCCUAUUGCUCAAGGCAAUGCCUUUGCAGAUUCACAAGCCAAGUUAGCUGCACAAGGGCCCUGCGCUUCUCAUCUUCUCCCGUUAGUCCCAAACAGUCUACCUCAGCCCAAUUAUUCACCAGAGUAGUUACAGCUACUUCAUAAACCAGGUUACACACAAAACACUCAGGGAUGGAUUUUUCAGGGAUCUGAACUUGUUCUCCCACAUCAACAGGCCUCAGACAUCAUCACUGACUUACACAACUGUUUUCAUAUAGGAUCACAGGCCCUAUACAAACUCUUAGCCCCAAUAGUCACACACCCUUCUCUAAAAGCUAUCAUUCUUAAGAUUACUCACACCGGUGAUCUUUGUGCCAGGACCUCUCCUCAGGGACGCAUGGCAUCCCCUUCCUUUCCUAUCCAUCAGUUUCGAGGACACACCCCUGGUCAGGACUGGCAGAUAGAUUUUACAGACAUGCCCCACCACAAGACUCUCAAAUAUCUUCUCACCUUUUUUUGUACCUUUUCAGGAUGGAUAGAAGCCUUUCUCACAACCAGGGAAACUGCUGAUGUAGUUACCAAAAUCAUAUUACAAGAAAUCAUUCCAAGGUUUGGUCUACCUCAGAGUAUUCACUCAGAUAAUGGUCCCGUCUUUAUUUCUCAGAUCACUCAACAGGUAUCCUCGAGCUUACACAUCACCUGGCACCUCCACAUCCCAUACCAUCCACAAUCCUCAGGGAAAGUAGAAAAGGCAACUGGCCUAAUAAAGACACACCUUACAAAACUCACUUUAGAACUACACCAAUCUUGGCCUCAACUUUUGCCGUUAGCCUUAGCCAAGGUCAGGGCACUUCCCCGGGCUCCUACUUUCUUAAGUCCUUUUGAACUUUUAUACGGCAGGCCAUUCUUACUCCACAAUCUUCCUACUCCCCCAAAUCUCCCUCCCCUGGCUGAUGUCCCAGUUCUCUCCUUCCUCCGACACUUGUGGCAACAACAUGCUGAUCUCUGCCUUCCACAACCCUCUGGAGAGGCCAAACCAGAUCCUCCCAUAUCCCCAGGAGAUCUAAUUUAUCUCAAAUGUUCUAAAUCCACAGGACUACAACCAAGGUGGAGUGGCCCCUACCUGGUCUACUUGGCUACCGCUACAGUGGUCAAAGUUGCUGGACUCCCAUCCUGGUUUCACAUCACUCAGGCUAAGAGUCUGACAUAUGUGCACUCACCAGUGAAUGCACCAGUGAAUGUUAUCCUGGCUAAAACACCUGGCGUCAGCGUCUACCUGGGCAUCAACCAUCAUCCCACCAACUCCCCUAGGCUCCAGUACAGGGCCUUCUGCCAGCAGGAAGUAGUUAAAGAGAGAAAUCUUCGCCCCUUUUCAUAAUAAUCAUAAGAUGGGAUAUGAAAGGGUUUUGGCGCAGAUAGGACACUGUAGCCAGAAAAGACCUCAGCCGGAAUCAGGGAGCUCCUGUCUCCCCCGCCCCUAGAGAUUUACCUGUAACUCUAUCUCCCCCCACCCUUCGGAAUCUGCCCCUGGUGCCAAACAUGUGCCAAUGAAAUACCUGUGCAUCUCUAAUGGCCCUGGGGCACUACCCUAAGAUUAGGCUACUUAUAUCCCCCCACGCCACGUGUCCGCGGGAGAGAUUGCCGGACUUCAGCGGCCGGGGGUGGGGGGUGUCAGUCAUCUCUCUCGGUGUUCUCAAAAUAAAGGCCUCUUUUGUUUUAUACUUUA